AGCUACGGAUGGGUCUCCAACAGCCACUCAGAUUUUUGUUAUUAUCAUUUGACAGGUUUACUCCCAUGCUAUGGUGUUGGCAUGGGUGUAGCAAUGAUGAUGCAACAAGCAACUUCAUUGACUGGCUCAUCGGUUGUACUUGAUGCGCAAGCCUUGGAAAAUCACAUACGUCGAGCCAAAGCCGAAGGCCGUACAGUUACAAUUGUGAAUGGCAAUCUUUAUAUCGAUUAUAAUUUUUUUGCACAAAUUCCACCGUAUUUUGAUAUGAAAGUUUGCUGA